UAUAUUCAUUGUACUAACUGAGAAAUUAUAAUUAUAUAUUAUGUUAGAUUGUAAUAAAUUUGGUUGGAAAGCAAAUGAUGCUGCGGAAACAAUCAAAGGAAAUAUGUUUAGUUUCGGAUGCAUUUUAUUUUUCAUUAUCACCAACGGUAGACAUCCUUUUGGAGACAAUUCUUACUCUCGCCAAUACAAUAUUGAACAUAAUAACAUGGUGAAUGAAAAUAUUUUGAUCAAUUUUCCCGAAGCCCUAGGUCUUAUUUCUCGCUUGUUGAGCGUCAAUCCUCUAGACAGAAUUGUUUUGAUUUCAUAUCAGGAUCUUAUAGGUGUAAGGAAUCGGAACGAUUUGUACGACAAUUAUUUUACAAUUAUAUUUCCAAAGCUUUUUAUGAAGGUUUACGAAGCAAUUUAUAUAUAUUGUCGAGGAGAAGAAGACUUUGAAGAAUACUUUGAAGAUAACAACCAAGAAGACUUCAAUAUUCUACUACUUUAUCAAAAUAAAAUUGAAUAAUUUAUAGUACAUUAUAAUAAACUUUGUUGGGAUUAAACUUACUUAACCUGUCAAGUCAGCAUGUCCAUCUAUUUGCUCAUCAGAUGAAUCUGAAGAAAGCUGCUGCAAGUUAUAACAGUUGGCUUUAAUACCAACUUAAAGGGGACCCACCAGCAACUAUAUAUAGGGAUUCCUCUAUUCUCAAA